AUGGAUAGUGAUCCAUCUACCAUCACUGCCGAGAGCUUGGAAGAUUACAAAACGAUAGCCCGGACAGCCACUGUUGACCUCGAAGCUAUUCUGCAAAGCCUUGACGAUAAGCUCACGGCCGCAGCCGGACAGACAAUAACAGAGACCAGUUCUGAUAUUAGAGAGGAGCGGUCGAGCAUACAGAAUUGUCUUGAUAUCUGCGCGCAGUUUGACAAUGCCCUAGAGCGGAUUCAGAUCCGGCCGUCUUUGGACCCGAAUUCCGGUCCCUUCGAUGCAAAUACAAACUCCAUUCGGAAUACCAACGAGAGCCCAGAGGCUGGAACAAACUUCGAAAGUGAAGCUGAGGAGCUUGCCAAGCUGCAGGAAAAUCGGACCCGUGCUCACCAGGUCAAGAAGAACGUCAGCAUGAUCGACAACGAGGCGGAUGGCGACACCAUCGUCCAAGUUCUGGUAUCGACCACAGAUAAGACAAUUCGCGGCAAAAACAAGAGUGAUAGCAACAACACGAGGACGGUACAAAUUGGAGGCCACAUGAGCGAAGAAUCGGUGCAGCAGCUGUUCCGGGAUGCGAUGGGCAUCUCGGUCACACCGGCUGCUGCUGCUAAAGAGAUUGUCAGUUUCAACGGCCGGUGUGGUCCAGGGAGGGUCAUAGGAAAAGUCCCUGGUACAAAUCACCAAUCAAAUGUGGGCAGGGAAUGA